UCGCAUAACAUGCAUGGUUACGUGUUUUCGAGAUUUUGAGGUGUUGUCAUUGCAUUCCGUAGUUUGUUCGAACGCAAGGAUGCAUCUUUCACAACUUCUUUUUUAAACAGAAUUGUAGAGGUGUUCCUUAAACCUUCGUCUACCACGACAAAGUUAAAGCCGCGUACUUACACCCGAAUUCGGCAUUUCCAGCGGAGCUUCGCAUUUAUGUGCUACUAGCUAACAGUACGCCAUGGAAGAGAAGAAGGAGGAGGGGGAAGCGGAGAUUCAAGAACACGGCCCCGAACAUUGGUUCUCCAAAUGGGAACGACAGUGUCUGGCCGGGGCCGAGCAAGACGAUCCGAACGAGGAAGAGAGCGAUCAGAGCCAACAGAAACUAUGGCACCUCUUUCAAAAUUCAGCCACCGCGGUUGCACAACUCUACAAAGAUAGAGUAUGCCAACAACAAGGCCUCUCUCUCUGGGUGCCCUUCCAGAAUGCAGCCACAGCUGUCACUAACCUGUAUAAAGAGAGUGUGGAAGCCCAUCAACGAAGCUAUGAUCUCGGUAUCCAGAUUGGCUACCAGCGCAGAAAUAAGGAAGUACUUGCAUGGGUGAAGAAACGCAGAAGAACCAUCAGGCGAGAGGACCUCAUCAGUUUCCUGUGUGGCAAAGUCCCACCCCCACGGAACACUCGUGCCCCCCCAAGAGUUGCCAUGGUGUCAACAAGCCGACCAUCGCCUCCGGAUACGGGCAGCUCUGUGGAGACAGAUUUGCAGCCUUUCAGAGAGGCUAUUGCACUACAUGGCCUGAGCGGAGCCAUGGCAAGCAUUUCUGUGCGAUCAGGUGCUCCUGGUUCCCCAACACACCCUGCUCAAUCGCUCAGUCGUCGUAGAAAUGGUCUUCAUGAUGUUGACCUCAACACGUUCAUCGCUGAGGAGAUGGCACUUCACUUGGAUGCUACAGCCAACCGCAAACGGGGACCUGCUGCCUGUAGUGAUGUCAUCACAGACUCACCAACGCACAAACGCAACAGGAUGCUCUGAACUCUCCCUUAUCCUUUUCACUCAACUUCUCAACACCUAUCCUUUCUUUGUCCUCUCCUCUGUGGCCUAAUGGACAACUGAUGAGGAGUGAUACCUUGGCCAUAAAAUUGAACCCCCCCCCACCACACACACACACCCUUCAUCUUUGUUGCAGUGCUACCACAAAUAAUGAAAAACUAAACUAUCAACAAUCCAAUCAUUUUCCCCUCUUUUCCUCACGCCCUGCUUCUGUUUUUUUCCCCCACUAUCCACACCCAAGUAGAAAACUAUAUUGUGACGUCUCCCUUUUUAGUUUUCUUGAAUAGAUCUGAUAGGAUUGUAAGGGAAAGCAGUGCACACUUGGGAAUUUGAUAGAGCAGAAUGUUGUAUUUGGAGCUAAUUUGUCUGGCCAGGUUCAUUUGCGCCACAUCUUAAAAAUAAAAACUUGGCAAAUUGUAUCAUUUUCUCCUCUUCCCUUAUAAUUCCUCCCUUUUUAUUCCUUGAAUGCUUCAGUUUACUUCCUCCAUCCUUCUAUUUGGUGGAAUGCUGGCCCAGCCAGAAUGGACUGGAACCUGGGGCACAUUGGGUGGUUCUUGCUGGGUCUAGAGAGGCCACACUGCCUUCCUAUUUGUUACCCCUUCCCUCAAAACGCUUGUCAGCGUGUGUAUCUCAAUCUGCUGCUGCUCUUAGUCUUUGUGUAUUUGACAGCAAAACUGCCACUUACUGUGUUGUACUCUCUCAUCUUUGCCUUCGAGGACGCUGCUGCCCCUGCUUGUUGUCCGGCAAUGAGCGUUUGCACAUGAGUAUGUGCGUGCAGGGUUCUGGUGCACUCAUAUAUGACUGAAUUAUGAUUUUUUUUUUUCUUAGCUCAAGCAUCUCAUAGCUAAUCCACCUCUUCACUUGGGUUUGAUCACAAAGAAGGGCAGACUAAGUUACAAAGCUAAUAAUCCCUAACAAGCAGACUCCAUUAGCUGAUAUUUUUGAAAAGCGAAAUUAUGAUUGAAAUGUGAUUUUAUUUACUUGCAAAAAAAAAACAAAAAAAAUCCUGCACUAAAGCUAACUUAAAUAAACAAACAGGACCCUCUUUAGGCUCUUGAAAAAGUGUACUUGUACAUGAAACUAAAUUGUACCUUCAGAUUCCCACCAUUACUCAAAAUGGGAAUCUGCAAAAUCUAAAUUUGAAAUCUUUCAGAUUGAAAAUAUUUUUGAUUCAGGUUUGGCUGUUGCUUUGUCAGUCCUUGCAUAAUGAGCUCUGACAAUCACUACCAGAAUUUUUCAACUUCGUUUUUACUUUUUUGUAUGAGUGGUACUAUUUUGUUUACAUUUGGAUUAAUUGGUGCAUAAAGUGGCUGCUUUAGUAGAUGCAAGUGCAUUGCCGUCCUUCUAUCUCCUGAAGUUAUGCAAGAAUCAUCCAGCUGUCAUACUUGCAGUUCUACCUUUAAACCUAGAAAUUAGAAGGGGCCAAUACCUGUGAUGUCUUUCUUGAGUUUGUUUAGCUUGAUCAUCUGUUAUUGGGUGGGAUGGCUCGGUAUGACUUAUGGCACUUCCUGCUAACUAGGAGAGUGAACCGCUAUUUCCAAAUACUGCUUUGUGAUACAGCCUUGUCUAAUUGUGUAAAUAACAUGUAGGUGCUGUUAUGAUUAUAUAUAUGUGGUACAUAAUGUAAAAAGAAAAACAUGCAAACCCACUGGGACAUACAUGUACAUUCAUUCUGGCAUUAAAGAAUAAAAAGUUUAACAAUU